AUGGAUAAUUUGGAAUUUAUUGCAAAUCAAUAUCCAGAAACUGAAUUAUCAGCUCUUGAACGUACAUACGAUUACAUUGUAGUUGGUGCUGGCACAGCAGGUUGUGUUAUGGCAAAUCGAUUAAGUGAAAAUCCAAACAUGAAAGUGUUACUAAUUGAAGCUGGUGGUAUAGAGACACGUGCAAUGGAUAUUCCAGGUUUAGCUGGCGCAUUUCAAGAUACGGAGGGUAUACUCGAUAAAGAUGUAUUACCAGAACCAUUUGAUCCAAUUGAAAUCGAUUGGGGAUAUUUUACUGAACCAUCAGACACGUUUGCCGAUGGAUUAAUUGAUAAUUCGGUACUUUAUCCCCGUGGGAAAGUUAUGGGUGGAUCAAGUACAAUUAACUAUAUGAUAUACACUCGUGGCAAUCCCGAAGAUUAUAAUCGUUGGGGCUAUAAUUGGACGUUUAAUGAUUGUCAUAAGUAUUUCAAGAAAGCAGAAGAUUAUCAAGUUGACGAUCCUUCAGAAAUAAACAAUUAUUUUGGAAAAAAUGGGCCAAUGCAUAUAGAAUCUCCUUCCUAUCGCAGUGAGUUUUCUUCAGCAAUAAUAAAAGCAAAUGAACAAUUUGGGUAUAAACAGAUAAAUAUUAAUGGACCUAAUCAAAUUGGUGUUUCUCGAUUGCAAAGAACAAUUAAAAAUGGUUACCGAUUUAGUACUAACAGUGCAUAUUUGAUAUCAGUUCGAGAUAAACGACCAAAUUUACAUUUACGUAGGCAUAGUUUAGUAACACGAAUAUUAAUUAGUAAGUUACAAAAAAUUCCACGAGCUUAUGGCGUGGUUUUUCAUAGUGAACUAACAACUCAUACAAUUUAUGCUAAACGUGAGGUUAUAAUUUGUGCUGGAGCAAUAAAUUCACCGCAAUUAUUAAUGUUAUCUGGAAUCGGUCCUAUGGAACAUUUAAAUGAAUUAGGAAUACCGGUGAUUAAAAAUUUACCAGUGGGUGAUAACUUGCAAGAUCAUAUUUACACGGGAGGUCUACAAUUUUUAUUAAAUCAAACCGUUUAUCCUAUAACCGAUUUUGGUUUAUGGCUAACAGACCGUUCUGGACCACUAUCACUGCCUGCUCUUAUAGAAACUUAUGGAUUUUCACAACCGAUUGAUAAAAUUCAAUCAAUCGAACAGUUAUAUAUUACAGCGGCAAUGCAAUUAAAGUCUGCACAAACUAUGAAUAUGAAACCUAGUGUAUUCGAAACAACAUAUGCACCAUUUCAAUUGGAUCCUGGAUUUUUAAUAUUUUCACUCUUACAAAAACCUAAGUCACGUGGAUACCUUCGGUUACGCGGUUGUGAUCCAACUUUAAAACCAAAAAUAUAUCCGCAAUAUUUUUCACAUCCAGAUGAUCUGGAAAUAAUGCUGAAUGGUGUUAAAGAAGCGAUUAAUAUAACAAAACAAGAUGCAUUACAAAAGUUUGGAGCCAAACUACUUCCUAUUCCUAUACCCACAUGCGCACAACAUACUUUUAAAUCGGAUAACUAUUGGAGAUGUCAUAUAAAAUCGUUAGUUGCGACACUGUUUCACUAUUGUGGUACGUGUAAAAUGGGUGAUAAAAGUGAUCCCACAACUGUUGUGGACCCUCAUUUAAGGGUGCAUGGUAUAGAUGGAUUACGAGUAUGUGAUGCAAGUAUCAUGCCAGAAAUUAUUGCUGGGCAUUUAAAUGUUCCAACGAUGAUGAUUGCUGAAAAAUGUGCAGAUGACAUAAAAGAAACAUGGUUUUAA